AUGAAGAGUGCUGGUGCGGACGCCAAGGGAAUUCUAGAUUAUCUACGGCGAAAUACAGGCAAAAAGACCCAACUGAGAGAUGUCCACAAUACUGUAGCAAAAAUAAAUCGCGAACGCCGAGCUUCGACGUCGGAUGAACAGCGCACUGAAGCAUUAAUUCGGGAGUUUUGCUUGAUAUCAGGAAAUUCCGCAUGUAUGUUCACUAACGACGGCACUAGCGUCAUUGAUGUAGUUUGCAUUCAGUCCGCUCGGCAAAAGAGACUAUUCCGCGCAUUCCCGGAGGUCAUUCUCGUCGACACAACCCACUGCACUAACCGUAAUUUGUACAAAUGGUUACUGAUAUUCGGGAAGUUAAUGCUUCUUACAGGGACAAUCGUGCAUCAUUCAAUUCUUGAGCGAGAGACAGAAACCAACCUGCUUCUUUCUAUUGGACAGUUCAAGAAGGAGAAUCCAUCGUGGAACAAUGUGCGAGCGAUAGUCUCAGAUAAAGACUUUAACGAAAAAGAAGUCCUCGCGGAGGCGUUUCCGAAUGCGAGGCAGCUUCUAUGCCAGUUUCAUGUUAUUGCAAGGUUGCGACUGAAGGUUGGUGAACUGGCAGACAUAACUAUCGAGAAGAAACAAGCAGUGAAGGCCUCUUGCCAUCUCAUGAUGAAAUCGCGAAAUGCGAUGGAGUACAAGAACCACAAGGACACGAUGUUACGGUUGCUAGGAGGAAACUCGUCAGAUCCAUUCUACAAGUACUCCCAGGCGAAUUGGGAGCUUUGCAAAGAUGAGUGGGUGGAUUACCACAGGGACAACGUACCGCAUUUAUCAAACCACACGAACAACAGGAUUGAAUGA